AUGGGCGCAUCCAACUCCACACCCCAAACAGUCGUCUCCGUGAAUGACGCAAUAUCAGCAGCAGUUGGCCAAGAUGAUACGUACUAUCCAAGGCACUCGGAAGAUGCAGUCGCAGCUCUUAACAUUCUUCGACAUCGACUACCGUCCGAACUCGUCUUACAGGUGCUAGAAUACGCCCAAUACUGGAUUCGCUCUGAAGUCUACAGAAACGACAGAUUAGCCUUCACAGAGAAUGACUGUCGAGAUAGAACUCCCUAUCUGACAUCGAGACGUAUUCAGGGCAAUCGAUUCCCAGUUCGGGAGAUCAAAAUUGAUAUCUGGAGUCAUGACCAGGGAUGGAGUAGUUACCGUGAGGAUUAUGGUACCUACCGAAAUUCCUGGACGUGGUUUGAGCUUGGUAUUCAAAGGACAGAUGACAGAGAUGAUCUGACCCAAGGAGAGGAGCUUCGCCUGGUGACGAAUAUACAUGCAUCGAAAGACGCAAAGCAUCAUCAGAUCAUUUACCGGGAUGAUCAAAACCUGCACUGGUUGAGCAAUCUCCAGGCUGGGGAUCGAAUUUCAAUAAUACCCCGGGCGCGUUUUCCUGGAUGGAAGAAUUUUGUGGAUGAGGCUUCUAUUGAGAUUUAUACUGAUCCAAUUUUGUGA